UUAUGCUUAGAAUCAAGAACAACUAGUUACCAAUUCCGUUUUAAAGCACAACAAAAAUUUUGUUCUUCCAUGCAUGCAAUGAUGUUUCUUGAGCAGAAGUAUAACCUAAUGUUCUGUUUCUUCCUAGCUUUACUUCCAUUUGCCAGUGUUGGUCAGAGCCAUAAGAACAUUUCAUUGGGUUCUUCCCACACUGCACAAGCAGGUAAUUCCACUUGGGCAGUAUCACCAUCUGGUAACUUUGCAGUUGGUUUCCAACAGAUUGAGGAGAAUGGGUUCUUGCUAUCCAUUUGGUUCAACCAAAUACCGGAAAGGACCAUUGUUUGGUCAGCUAAUGGAGGAAACCUUGCACCAAAAGGUUCCAAAGUUGAGCUUACCUCAGAUGGAUUUUUCUUGCUGAAUGAUCCCACCGGCAACCGAAUAUGGUCUGCUGGAUCCUCCGGCAGUGGAACAUCCCAUGCUGCCAUGGUUGAUACCGGCAAUUUCGUGUUGGCGAGUCAAAGCACCGAGUACUUAUGGCAAAGUUUUGAUCAUCCCACUGACACAAUCUUACCAGGACAAGUUCUAAAUCAACCAAGUACUCUUGUUUCUAGAUAUUUGGAAACAAAUUACUGA